UGAUUUUUGCAAGCUGAAUAUAUUGGUGGUUCAUAUUUCACAUGACAAAGUUUUUAUUGGUGUGGGUGUCGUGCAAGAUGCCUCCUCUUUGCCUCCUCUUGUGUACUUGAGUAAGGUAACUGAAAUACAUUGUAGAAACACCCUUCAGUGUGUAGCAUUACAGUUUUACAACUGCAACCUACAAACAAACAAACAAAAAAAAAACCCCCAUAUAUAACUUUAGUGGGUCACUCAUCUGAGAUCAUGACGUAAUCUUCUUGCAACUGAACGGGCUUCCGUCUUAAGUCUGGUGAACUCUAUCGAGAUGUGGUUGAGUGGAUCUAUCAAACUUUCUAACAAUGUCAAUAAGGCACAAUUAGUUUUGUCGUGACAGAAUUUUGAUACAGGUCCUGUAUUGGAUCUCGUCAAUGUAGAUUCUGUAAGUCAGUUCUUCAUUAUUAUCAAGGAGUGACCUCUGGAAAGCGUUGCCAUAAUAUAGAGCAAUUCAGGGUUCUAUAAUUACUGAAGAAUGCUAGCUAAUUUAGCUAAAAGCAAAAAUACAACAUACAGUAGUAGCUCCAUUAUCCAGAGACUAACCUGUACCUCACAUGUGUUUCCAGUGCCAGGCUGAAAGGUUUCAAUCAAUCAGAACAAAACCAUUUAGAUUGUAAGAAGUAUGGCAGACAAUAUACCUGGAGGAAUAGUAGCAGCCGCAAAGAACCGUCUACAGGUGAUGAGAGGCUUGGAGGAUGUAGAAGUGUCCGAGUGCGAGAGCUGCUCCUUUGAGGUGACCCUGAACUUGUCAUACAUCGAGGGAGUGUGGACCAGGGAUGGCAUGCGGCUCAAGUCCAAGCCCAACUGUCGCAUCAGCACACACGGGAAGACGCAUUCGCUCAUAUUAAAUAGAGUGGCGUUGGCAGAUGUGGGCUUGAUCUCUUUCCAGGCAAAUGGCGUUCAGACCUCCGGCAGACUCACUGUUAGAGGUAGGCUUGGACAACCGACUGACACCAAUACAGUCCAAAACAAUGACAGGAUCAAGUUCAAGAUUCAGAUUUCAUUAGUACUGCCGAAUAGAGAUUAAACUGAAUGGCUUUAAUAUGAACCAUUCAUGAAAACGUCAAUGUUUUCAGGAAU